UUCGUAUCCUCACUAUAGAUAUGAUCCACACGCGGUUUCUAUUCAUCUGUUGAUAACUUUUCUCGUCAAGAAAAAAUUUUUUCCACCGUUCCGGUAAUCCUUCCAACGUGCAUACAAUGAGUAGCCAGAAAGGAAAUGCCUUCCGCAAUCGCCCACAGAAACAUCAGAAUCGGUUUGCGUUCAAAAACAAUUUGCACGACACGAACGUGCGCACCAAACGUAUGAACUCCAUUCAGAUCAACCACGUGUGCCCUCGAUGUAAAGACAUAUUGGAGUGGAAAAUCAAAUACAAAAAGUACAAAAUGCUAAAAGCAGCCAAAAACUGUAACAAAUGCCAUAACAAGACUGUCAAAGAAUCUUACCACACUGUGUGUCAGCCGUGUGCUAGCAUGUUGGGUAUAUGUCCUAAGUGCGGUGUUCCGAGGGAUGAAUGGAUCAAAGAUGGUCAAAAAGUAAUGCCAGAGAACAAUGAAGCUGAUGACAAUGAAAACGAUAAUUCGGAAAGCAAUGAUGAUGAUUCAGAGAAUGAUGCUUACUAUAACCCUUCUCCUAGUUAACUUUAGCUUAUCUAUUAAACAAUUGUUGUUUCCAUAUUUUAUUGAUUUUGAAUUAAACCCAUUUGACUUUUUAUUUAUUUCAAAAUUCAA